UUCAAGGAGAGGAGCACAUAUUUUCACAUGAGGUGUUGAAUCGCCUCAACCUAAUAAUCAUGACCCUGAAGUUGAUGUCCACAUCCAGUUGCUCUAUGAAGACAACUUUCCAUCCUGGCAUUCUUGGCCAUUCUUGGGAAGUUUUCCUUAGCACUGCAAUCUCACUGAGAAACCCGUGUUUCUAUACAGGAUUCCUCCACCAGCCAAGUACGUCGGCCGGCACACAGUGACUAUGAUUCCUGGAGAUGACAUUGGGCCUGAACUCAUGAUGCAUGUCAAGAGUGUAUUCCGAUGUGCACGUGUGCCUGUGGACUUUGAGGAGGUGCGGGUGACCACCACAUCUGGUAAGGAGGAGAUUCACAAUGCCAUCAUGGCAGUGCAUCGAAACUCUGUGGCUUUAAAGGGCAGUAUUAAAACUGACCACACCAAACCACCUUCUCACAAAUCCUACAACAACUUGCUGAUCACCACCCUGGACCUCUAUGCCAAUGUUACCCAUUUCAAGAACCUGCCGAAUGUGGACACUCACCACCAGGGCAUAGACAUCUUGGUCAUACGGGACAACACGGAGGGUGAGUAUAGCGAUCUGGAGCACGAAAGUGUGAAAGGCGUGAUCGAGAGCCUAAAGAUCAUCACAAAGGCCAAGUCUCUGCGCAUUGCAGAGUACGCCUUCCAGCUGGCGCAGAACAUGGGGUGCAGAAAAGUUACAGCUGUGCACAAGGCCAACAUCAUGAAGCUGGGAGACGGACUCUUUCUCGAGUGCUGCAGGGAGGUGGCGUCCCACUAUCCUCAGGUCGCCUUAGAGACCAUGGUUGUGGACAAUGCUACGAUGCAGCUGGUGACCUGGCCUCAACAGUUUGAUGUCAUGCUGAUGCCCAAUCUUUAUGGUAACGUUGUCACCAACAUCUGCACAGGGUUGGUGGGGGACUCAGGCCUUGUACUUUCAGCCAACUAUGGCUGCUUGUGCGCAGUGUUUGAGACAGCCGCAAGGCAGCUAAACAAGAAUCCAGCGGACUGGAACUGGGUCAAUCCAACUGCCCUGCUGCUGGCGAGCUGCAUUAUGCUGGAUUACCUCCGCCUGCACUCCCACGCUGCCACAAUUCGCGCUGCGGUCUUGGCAUCCUUGGGCAAUAAAAAUAUUCAAACACCAGAUAUCGGAGGCCAGGGUUCCAUGAUGGAAAUUAUGCGACAUAUUAUUGACCACAUCCGAUAUGCCAAUUAAAUGAUUGGUCCUUGGAAACCAU